AUGCGGGUUGAAGGGAUGCUUGAGGCUGGCACCCUUGUGGGGAAUUAUGAUGCUGGACGGAUCCUUCCAUUUGUCAACCACCCAAGUAGUCCGAGGAACAGGGCCUUUUCGGAGCCGCAAGUAUCCGUUACCCAUGACGUAGCUGGAGAAGGUCAGCUGGGAUAUCCAUCUACGUCAGGGCGGAGAUAUGGCUCUCGUGAACGUCGGUUCUACAGUGGUGAUUCGCCAGGUGCAUCCGUUGUGACAGCCUAUCGGCAGAUGCGGAUGCAUCUGGUGCCGGCCGGCCCGGUCGCGCUCGACACCGCCUUCCCCAAGCGCGCUCGCGCACCCCCGGGUGCGACGCUGUCCCGAGAUGUCUGGACACCGGCGCCUCAGGCGCUGCCACCUGAGCUCGCUGUCUCUGACAUAAACUACUACAUAGGUGCGCUAGUAAGUAAUACCACGCCCCGCGAUAACGCGGAGGCAGAGGCAGGGGCGUGUGAUGCGGAGCAGGGCGGCACAGACGAGGAUGAGGCAGAAGGUCGGGACAAGGCGGAGGAGGGGGAGGGCGACGUGAAAGACGUGAACGCGGGAGACGCGGAGGCGGGCGACGCAAAGGCAAGCGACGUGGAGGUGAGCGACGUGAAGGCAGAGGAGAGCGACGCGGAGGGCUUGCGGGGGGACGCGGAGGGCGCGGACGAGGCGGAGCAGGUGGUGGGCGACGCGGGCGGGGCGCGCGCGGAAGUGGACGAGGUGGAGGCAGACGAGGUGGAGGAGAUCGGCAACGCGGAGAGGGAGGACGCGGACGAGGACGAGGACGAGGGCGGACACGGAGGCGGGGGGCCGGGACAAGGCGGAGGAGGGGGAGCCUAG